AUGUGCGGGGAUGUGGUGGCUGCUGUUGUUGUUGUGCUAGUUGAACACGCUGUAGAGAAAGGAUCCAUAUCUUCAGGACCUCCUGUUCCUGGAUCACCAGGCAAAAAUACUCGCAAUGAGAUUGUGUUUCCUAUUCGUGUUGUAUACUUUGUGUGUCCACCACGUCAUGGUAUUUUUGCCCCACUGUAUCGCGUUGAACUAGAUGAAAUUGACGACGUGCCGAUGAUGGCCGCAUCGCAAACGAUGAAAGGUCAAGAGAGAUUAUCGAGAUCGGCACUGCCGGCUCUGCAGUUGCGUAACGUCUUCCGUCCCGAGGAACCGAUGCAGACGUCGAUCGCUUCCGAGCAGUUCAUGGAAGGAUCUACUUUCUCCAAUGCCUCUUGGGGAGAUAGUGAUGCUAUGGUGUGUUCUCAUGCCACCUACAUUGUCCCUCCCGGCCGUAGCACACUUGACGAGAUUGAAGAUUAUGAUUUGAUGAGCAUCCCAGCUCCCAAAUCGAUUCUCAGCUAUAGGGAAAGAUUGCCAGAUGAGGAAGUUACGCUAGGCACAUCCGUGGUUCUGGACGAGUCUCGAGUCGGUGUUGAGAAUCUUCCGGUAGUGGAAGACGACGACGACAUCGAUGACGAAGACGACCUUCAGACUCCUCUUGUUGAAGCUCCAAAAUGGCAGCCCUUGAGCAGUUUUGCGCCUGCCCCUUCCAUAAUUGAGUCAGUGAGAUCGACGUCAGCAGACGGUUCACCACAGGAUGCGCCUCGCGACAAGGACUUAUCCCUACGUGCAAAUUCAAGGCAAUCGGAUGACACGGGCUACAACGACGAGAGUGACGCAAGUCGCUUGGAACACGAUGACGUGAGGCUUUUUUCCGUCUAG